AAUAUUUUUUAAUUUUAAAUAAACGAUUUCGUAAUUAUUCAAUUUAAGCUUUAUUUGUAAUGUUUUGUACUUGUUACUGAUGAAAUCAUCUAACGUUAUUAAUUUUCAUAGUUGAUUAUAUAAAUGAUACAAAAGCAUAACUUACGCUGCUUAGGGCAAAUCUCACAUAUAGGAAAAUAGUUCGAAAUUAUGGUGUUGGAAAAAAGCUAAAAACCCGCACAUAAAAGUCACCCAAGUCAAUGCACUUUGCUCUUUACACCCGUCUACUUACGUGAUCGCGCGGGUUUGCUUGUCCAAUUCUGGCAAAGUUUGUAAAGUAACUUUGAAUAGGUUUGGAGCUUUGCUUGCUCCUCAAAAUGAAGCGAAGAGUCGAUAAAUCCGAAGGUGGUGAACCUGCUGCAGGACUGCAACAGUCUAGUCCGACACUUAAGGAUGUGCGUGCAAGCUCUCAGUGGUCAUUGGCUAAAAUAGGACUUAUUUGUGUCCUCGUCCUCUGUGGAACAAUUCUGAUUCUUCAACAUGUCUUCUCUGACUUUGUUGACCUCAGCCGACCUUCAGAUGUGGGUCUCAAUCACACUAUAAAUCUUUAUCUCAAACCUGAGGAGGGUGUGAGAGUGGGCGUGUGGCAUACUGUACCUGAACAUAGGUGGAAGGAGGCGCAGGGCAAGAAUGUAGAGUGGUAUGAGAAGGCUCUAGGGGACGGAUCGCCCAUUUUCAUCUACCUACAUGGCAAUGGGGGCAAUAGAUCUGCACUUCAUCGUAUCGGAGUUGCAAAUGUCUUAAGUGCUCUUGGAUAUCAUGCCUUGGCGAUGGACUACAGAGGUUUUGGGGACUCAACUGGUGAACCUACAGAGCCUGGACUGACUACUGAUGCCGUACACCUGUAUAACUGGGUUAAGAAGCGCAGUGGAAACAGCCUGGUGUGUGUGUGGGGUCACUCGAUUGGUAGUGGCGUAACAACUAACACUGCAGUUCAAUUACUGGAGGAAGGAAAAAAGUUUGAUGGAAUAAUACUUGAGGGUGCAAUGCUAAGUGGGCGAGCGGCAGCCAAACAAGGCUAUGGACAUCCUUUUUCCUGGUUUUAUUGGAAGUUCCCAUAUAUUCAGUUCUUCCUCUUCAAUCCAAUGAAAAACAACAAAAUAGUCUUUCCAUCUGAUGAAAAUUUGGAGAAAAUCAGAACUCCGAUUAUGAUUCUCCAUUCCAAAGAUGACCAUGUGUCACCCUUCAGUGUGGCUCAGGAGAUUUACAGAAUUGCAAAAAAGGCUCAGAACUCAGAUGAACGAGUCAAGCUGGUGCUAUUUGAUGAAAAGCAUGGAUAUCUUCAUAAUGGGCUUUAUAGAGAUCAUCGUUUGCCAAAUAUGUUAAGGGAGUUUGUGCAGUCACUGAUGGCAUGAGACACAAUGUGGGAGGAGAAUGAUUUAAUAUCAUAAUAUCCAUAAUAUUCAGCUACUGCAAACAGCUUUUUAUUAUAGUUGGUGUUGUAAAUAGUUUUAAACCACAUUAAUUUCUUUGAUCAAAAACAUUUUAAUCUCUGAAAUUUUAUAAAAUUAGUCAAUAGAGAGUGAAUUUAUUGUGUUGUUAAUAUUUUUAACAUUCGCUUCUUUUAAGAUUGAAUAGAAACUAUUUUACAAACCAUAAAAUCAUCUGUACAACUUGCUGAAGACUUAUAUGAAGACUCACACGUCAUCAGAAUCAUCAUCUUUAUCAUCACCAUCAUCAUUAUAGACCUUUGCUGUUUUGCUUGGUCUUUUAAUUCAAUUAAUCUUUAUUUGUAUAGCACUUUUACAAUGUAGAUUGUGUCAAAGCAGCUUCACAUUAAAGGUCAUAGUGAUGAAACAGUGUCAGUUCAGUUUAGCACAAUUCAGUGUGGUUUAAUAAUCACUACUGAGAGUCCAAACACUGAAGAGCAAAUCCAUCGAUGCGCAGCUCUACAGAUCCCGAACCAUGCAAGCCAGUGGCGACAGCGGCGAGGAAAAAACUUCACCAAUUGGCGAAAGUGAAGAUUUAAAAAAAACCUCGAGAGAAACCAAGCUCAGUUGGGCACAACCAUUUCUCCUCUGGCCAAACGUCUUGUGCAGAGCUGCAGUCAAGGCGCCGGAGGCUGGAAACUGGACUUUAGUGAAGACUCGUCUGUCCCUGGAGUGUUACAGGAAUCGUGAACAGUCUCAUGUUCUCCACUCCUCCGUGACCACCACAGCAGCUGCUCAGGAUACGGCCUGGUCCAGGAUAUGGAAAUCUUGGGAUCAUCUCGUCACUGGUCUUGGAUCGAAUCAGUGGCGCUGCAUAGUCUGAGGGCCUCGGGAUGAGUAUCCCCAGGUGGAAAUAGAGAAUAAUUAGCGUAGCUGCUGUUCAUAGUGUAUACAAACAAGAGGUAAAAAACGACAUAACGAGAAGAAUUUCUUUAAAACUUGGACGUGCGUAUGUGUUCAAUCAAUGUUAUUACUGGUUAUUUAUCAUUCUUAUCUACAGAAUUGUACAAAUUUCAGGCAACAGAUUUUAAGGCAAACUAAGUGGUCUCCCAAAUCAAAUUUGCUAAAUUAUCAGCGCAAUACAAAGUCAUGUUUAAUGUUGUGCUGAAUGUUAAAUGCUAGCGAAAACGGGCAAGUAUAGCCUAUCUUAAAGUAUUUUAAAUCUAGUGCUCAAGCACAUUAAAAUUCCCCCAUGUGGUUAACACUUCCAGUAUUUUAUACCUGAAUAAUGUA